AUGACCACGAGAGGAUUAUCCUUCCUUGGCUGUUCGUUUGGCCAGGCCGCGGCCCCUGGACUUAGGUUGAUGUCCAUCGGUAUUGGUGGAUUGGAAGCAUGCCAACCCAACUCUAGGAUGGGCGACGCCUUCGGUGACCGCAAACCGGCCAAGCUUGAGUGGGACCCAGAUAAUAAUCUCUCGGGGGCAUCUGGUUCAGGUCUUCGUGCGGUGCUCCACUUACCCAAUUCGCCGUGGGCCAAGCGACUAGCUCAUAGCCUGGUCGUUGCUCGGAUUCCCACCCCGCGGAGGGGGCGAUCAAAGCCGAGGCAGGGCCAGCAGACGACCCUGAAGUGGAGCGUCGAUGGAUUCUCCUCACUCCUUGACAAGGGUGAAGGAUGGACCUACUCCAGAGUGUUUGAGAUUAUGGGCCACAACUGGUACCUGAAACUGAAUCCAAGGGACAAGAAGAGCGGUGACGACAAGGAGUACGCCUCUCUUAUGCUUCAGCUGGCGAGCAGCUCAGUGAAGCCCGAUACUGUCGUGGAGGCCUCUUUCAAGUUGCUGAUAUAUGACCAGUCGUACGGAAAGCACAGCGAGUAUCAAGUUAGGCACAGUUUUCAGACUGCAAGCACAAGCUCCGGAGCCUCAUGCAUGAUUUCCCUUGAAAAACUGAAAGAACGGCCCUCUAAGUUUAUUGUCAAUAACAGCUGCACCUUUGGUGUCGAGUUCAUCAAAGUCACCACUUCCAAAGUGAGCACAACAUCAGAAACGCUGUUUGUUCAGAAGCCGAGCAUCUUCAACGAGGCCAAGACUUACACCUGGGACAUCGAGGACUUCUUUGCACUGAAGAACUCCGGCUACUCGCCGGAGUUUGAAGUCGGAGGAUACAAAUGGAGUAUCGGUAUCUAUAAGUCUUGCGAUGGGAACCACCUCACCUUGGGCCUGUGCAUGGGAAAAACAAAUGAUCUCCCUAAUGACUCUGCGAACCUGGUAGAAUUCAGCUUAUCGAUCAAACACCAGGAAGGCGACAAUCACCGGAAAGGAACAGGUCGGAACCAAUUUACAAACAAGGCUAGUUGCUGGGGAUGGGAAAAGUUCAUCUCGCUGGAGGAUUUCAAGGACUCCUCAAAUGGCUAUCUCGUGAAGAACAAGUGCUGCAUCGAAGCUGAGGUUGCAAUCGUUGGUUCAUCAAAGAUGGAGUAG